UUUCCCUUCCCUUUCUUCUCUCUAUCUCUCAAAAAACAAACAAAAAAACCCCAACUCCUCGGUCUAGUUUGCUAUUAUUGAUGCAAAAACGUGAUCCUGGGACGCCCCGAUUCGCCUGGAGCGAGGUCGUCUGAAGCCAACUCUCCCUUCACACACACACACAACACACACACACACAGAGAGAGAGAGACAGACAGACAGACAGGCAGGCACACCCGCAGGACGAGAGGGCUCUUUUCCGAACGGAAGAUCGAUUUGGGAUUCCCUCCCCCCCUUCUUCUUUUCUUUCCAUCCUCUCUAUUUCUUCUUCUACUUUUUUUUUGUUUUUGUUUUGGCUAGUUUAAUCACAUUGGCGGAGUGAAGGAAGGGCGAAAGAAGGAUGGCUCGACCUCUUCCUUUGAACCCAGCUUUCCUACCUCCAACUUACGGGGUGCUGAAAUCCCUGCUGGAAAACCCGCUCAAGCUGCCGCUGUAUCACGAAGACGCAUUUUAUAAAGAAAAAGACAAAGACAAAAAACUGGAUGACGACAGUACCAGUGCCACUGUCCCACAGUCUGCUUUUCUGGGGCCUACAUUAUGGGACAAGACACUUCCCUAUGAUGGUGACACUUUCCAGUUGGAAUACAUGGACCUGGAAGAAUUCCUCUCAGAGAAUGGCAUCCCACCCAGUCCAGUCCAGCACAAUCACAGCCCUCAUCAGCCAGCACUUCAGCAACCUACCUCAGCCUCACCACCUGUCGUGGACCUCAGCCACAGAGCAUCCACAUCGGUCCACCCGGCCAUGGUUUCCCAAAACUGUAUGCAAAAUACAGCCAGGCCAGGUCCGAUCUUGCCUACAAACCGAAACACGCCAAGUCCCAUUGAUCCCGACAGCAUUCAGGUUCAAGCUGGGUAUGAACCAGACCCUGCCGAUCUUGCUCUUUCUAGCAUUCCUGGUCAGGAAAUAUUUGACCCUCGCAAGCGCAAGUUCUCUGAGGAGGAGCUCAAGCCCCAGCCGAUGAUUAAGAAAGCUCGCAAAGUCUUCAUUCCCGAAGAUCUGAAGGAUGACAAAUACUGGGCAAGACGUAGAAAGAACAACAUGGCUGCCAAGCGAUCCAGAGAUGCCCGGAGGCUGAAGGAAAACCAGAUUGCUAUUCGUGCCUCGUUCCUUGAAAAGGAGAAUACGGCCCUGCGCCAGGAGGUGGCUGACCUACGGAAAGAAUUGGGCAAAUGCAAGAACGUGCUUGUCAAGUAUGAAGCCCGGCAUGGUCCUCUCUAAAUGGCCUCCUAACCUCCCUCCCAUCCAUCCCAAUCCCCGUUUCUUUUCUUCCCAUCUCCUUUUUAUUUUUUUUAAUUUUAUUUUGUAGUUUGGCAUUUAAAUAGAUGGGACAGUGUGUUUCCUGUUUGAUAGCACCUCACCCAAACCAACUUUUCAGUCAUGGGCACUUUAACAGAAAGCAGAACCAGAACCAGUGUACAACCUCUGUGUAUGCAUGUGCGUGUGUGCGUGUGCACACCCGUGCAGGCAUGCUUGUGAAUAAGUGUGCAUGUCUGCCUUGGCUCCUGUGUUUUUAUGAAACCCUCUUUGUAGGGUUGGGUUGGCUGAGACUGGCCAUAAUAAACUUUUUAUGGAAUACAUGCAUCUAGAUAUGUAUGUAUAUAUUUUCCAGUGCUGCUUAAACUGUAUUUUUGUCUUAUCCUAUCCCAUUCUUUUGAUUUAACUUGGGAAAGAAAAUGAAAGAAAAGCACCUUGGUAAUAAGAAAGAACAAGAGAAAGAAGAAAAAGCUGUUUCUGCUUUGUUAUUUCAAUAAGGCACAUCAGGCAGUGUAAACUUACUGAUAAUUAUGCACAAUUGAUAUUCAUGCUAUACUGCAGAGAUACUAAUUUAUAGAUUUCGCCUUUUUAUUUUGUUUCGGUUUUCAUUUACUGUAUGUUUUUACAUUUUGGUAAAUAAAAUAGAUCUUCAGAUUCAUUAUGUAUUCUAUAUCCUCCUUGUACAGAAAUAAGGAAUAGCCAACUUUCCUUUCAUUGCUUUAAAAUUAUAAAUAGACUGCAUCCCCUAGGCAUAAUCAGUAAUUCUCUUGUACAGAUUAAAAUAUUUCUCGUGGGCAUUGGAUGACUUUGGUACCCUAAUACUGUUUUAGUGCGCUUUUUUUCCUAAAACAUUAAAGAUUUCUUCAUAGUUUGCCUAAAAAUGACCCCUGACCAGACAAGCAAAAACAUGUUCAUCAGAUGUCUGUACAGUAUCCAUGCAUACUGUACGGAUAAGGCCAAAACAUAUUCCUGCCUUAGGUGAAUUAAAUUUUUGCUUCUUCCAUCCCUCCUCCCCUUUUUCUGUGAUGGGCAGGGCACAACACUAAAUUAUACAGGUGUGCAAAACACUUAAAGGUUAACAGACUCCAACUCUGAAAUGCUUGUUUCAAUCUUAUCAAGAACUGAGCAGGUUAACUUUAUCUUUCAUCUGAUUUAUUUUAUACUUUGCGACCAGCAAGUGGAAAUCUAAAAGCUGUCAGUUAAAUUUUGGGGGAAUUCAGGGUGUCAAUUCAGCUAAUGACCUGCUAAGCUGCUUCUGCAAAUCUUUCUCCAAUCUGCUCAGUUCACAGGGCUUUUGAAUUUGGCCAUUGGGAGAGAGCUUGUCUGCUUUUGAUGGUCAAGCUGCUCUUGUUAACAUCUGCUGCUUUUUGUACAGAUCCUAGUCCUUGCCCUUAACCAAUCUGCGAUUGGCAUAACUGAAGGAGUUUGGAUCAAUCCACUAUUGGAGUCAAGGGUCAAGUGAUGCUUGCCUUUGGCCUAUCACCCAAAGAGUCCAGUGUUGUCCUUGGUAUGUAGAAGUAAUGCUGAUUGCAAUGUUUGGUCAGGAUGAAACUCUAUACAAAAAUCAAGAUAGUUCACUGACCAGAGAACUGGAAACCAAAAUUUAAAAAGGCCUACAUUACACUCUCUUUGGAGUUUGAGUAGACUUGUAUUUUUUUAUUUCCACUGAUGUUCAGUUUCUGAAAUUCUUGUCCCAAAGAUGCUUUUUCCAAAGGCAACUGGACUUUCUUUGUUUUCCCUUGAAGACAUUUUCCCUUCUUAUCCAAGAAACUUCUUCAGAUCUUCCAAACUGAACAGAGCUGAAGAAGCUUCUUGGAUGAGAAGCAAAAUGUCUUCAAGGAAAAAACCCAGGAAAGCCCAGUUGCCUUUGGAAAAAACACCUUUGGGUCAAUCAUGACCUGGAUGACUAAGAAGCUCCCUUAGACAUUCUGAAAUACUUAUUUCUUAGGAAAGACUUUGAAUUCAGCUUUUUAGUCUAUUGUGUGCAAUAUAAUUUCCAUAGAUUUCUCACCUGCUGGGUUUUUCUUCUUUUUCCCCUCAAAUGGCUUUGAUUCAGUUAGAAGUCACAUUUGCAGGGUUUUGUUUUUUUUUGCCUUGGCAUGCUGCUGUGAUUGUAUGAUGAGCUGAUUGUUUUCAAAGAUUCUCCUGUUUUUUCUCCAGCUAUGAUUUGUUUCUAAACUUAUGCUAUAUUAUAUAAAGUAUUUUUGGAGGGUGGGGAGGAAAUGAAUGUAAGAGAUGCAGAUAUAUAUAUUGAAAAGUGUUGUUGCUGUCAUACUAUGGUUAAUUCAGUUCUUUUAAAUGUUUCCUGAAGACCAAAAGAAAUUGAUUAUUAUAAAAUGUAUAAAAUUUAUACGGAAUCUUUAGAGUGUGCUUUUUUUCCUGUACAGUAUUUUUCAAGGACAAAUGUUGAUUCUGUAUUUUGGGAAAAGGAAUAAGAUAGAUAUAUCAUAUGUUUUAGCAAAGAGAGGGUUAAAAAAACUAGAUUAUUUCACUUUAAAGACAAAAAUAUAUCUCUUUAUAUAUUCAUGAAUAUUGAAUACCGAAGAAAUGCUUUUAGGGCUUUUUAAAAAAAUGAUGAUAUUGUACGGUUGCCACUGGCACAUCAACAUAGUUUUGUGUUUUCAGUUAGAGAGUGAUCCAUGUCACUGGGCUCAGUUGCUUCCUUCUGGAAGGAUCCCAUUGGGUGCAAUUGAAGGCUCUCUUUUUCUUAGUGUACCCCACUUUAGCAACUGCCGGUAUAUGAAAAGACUUAUGCACAUCCCCCUUUCCACAUAAAGGCCUGUAGAAUUUCUUCCAACCUCACGUAAACUUCCAUGCAAAAGGGGCUGGGGCCUCAUAGAGAUAGACAGGACGCUAAAAUGUUUUCUGCAUGUCUGCUGCAGUCUUUCAAAUUUCUCCUGAGCAAAGACAGCUCAGCUGUUCUUUUAAAAAUUGCCGUUAAUUGGUUGGACAAAAGUGACAUCUGUCACUGGGGUGCAGAUACAUUGGGGAUUGGGCAGCAUGAAUAAUAAUAAUAAUGCUCUCAGAGCUUACAUCAAUCCUUUUUGAGAUUUCUAUCCCGUGGCGAGGUUUUGUAUCCAUGGUUAAAGUUUUGGAUACGUAUAAUUCUUGCAGAUUGAAGCAGGUUUCUUUGAAAAGACAGCUGAGAAGGCUGGAGUGUCGGCCCAGACCUCUCCCAAUACACAGCUUAACAGAACUAAAACAGAAGCCCUAUUUUUCAACUCAGUACAGUGGAGAGCAGGGAAGCUCUCUGCUUCAGAUACCUCCCCAAAUAUUGGACUUCUAGUUGCAUUGGACUGUAGCAUCCACAAUUCCCAGCCAGCUGCAGCUCUUUUAGGUGAUUAGCAGUGUAGCUCUGUGUACUUCUCCAGGUUUAAAAGGAGGGUUUGAUUUGGGGGGACCAUUUAGAAGCCGUAAGAAUCAUUUCGCACAUUAGACAAGGGGCCAGGUUAGUUGCUCCUUCCCUACCCUGGUAUCCUGUUUGACACACUUGUCCCAACUGAAUUCCUCUUAUGCCAAUUUUGGUGCCCACAGUUUUCUGUAAGGCAGUUUUUCUGCUUGUGGAACCACAUAGCUUCUUGUGGUUUACUCUUACACAUGUUGGCUAAUGCGGACCAACAAGUCCAACAACAUCUAGACAGCACAGAUUCCACACUCUGUCUUCAUGCUUAGUGCUUUCUCAUGUUAACCCUGAGCUACAAAAGCUCUCCUUUAUUAUUACUACUUUCCUUCUGGCAUCUUCUAGAGGUCCAUUGUUUCAAUUUUCUUGCCCAGUCUCAUUCUCUCACUGGUUGAAUACAAGAAUGAGCAAAGCCAUGUGACUUACUUGAGCCAUACUUGGCUUUCAUUAUACUUGAAGUGAUGCUUUUUUGAAUUGUGGGGAAUUACAGGAAAGGUAGGGAAGGGUAUUUUUUAAUAACGGUGCCACAUGUCUUUCUAGAUCACUUUUUUCAACGAAUUACGGUGCCAUAUGUCUUUCUAGAUCCCUUUUUUCACCAAAACAAGUGCAUUUCUGUUACAUAAGAUUACAUUAUAUUAAAAGUAAUUUAAACAAAAGUUUUGGACAAUUACAAAGAAAUGUUGCCAUUCUUAGAGGACUUUCUGGAAAGAUUGAAAAUAUAUCUCAGUAUCCUAAAUACUUUAAUAGAUUUUUUGGACAAUUGUUUCAGCUUUGAGUAAUCGUCUUUAGGGGAUAAACAAUCCUCUACUGGCCAGUAAAUAUUGCUUUCUAAAAGUUUGUGUGUUGUGAAAGUAAAAAUAAAUAUUAAGAUAAUAAUUUUCACUGAAUGUAAAACAAGCCUAAUUUAAGAAGUUGUGAACAGAGACUCUGUUCAUUUCCCCCAAAUCCCAAAUAUUUUAAUGGUCUAACUCAUAAUUUUGUCUUGUCUGGAGGUGCCAGUAUGGAAAAUCAAAUUAACAAAGAUGCUUUGCAGGCUGGACAGUUUUAAGUCAAUUAUGGAUAUGGUGACAUUAAAGAAAUAUAAUUUCACAAAUUGUUUUGAGAUGUAAAGAUGUGGAUACAGAGCUGUUAAUAUUAGAAAUACCAGUUACUUUAUCAUUGUAGGAUCACUUAAUUUCCAGACAGGACAACCCUAUCGAAUUAUAGAAGCCAUUGUCAAAUUAUGCAGUGGCUUCUGUGAAUAAUCCAUAGUUACACACAAUACAACACCUUGAACACACAACAAAGCAACCAGAUGCCCACACUUGAUCUGUUCUCCAAACACGCUUUUGUUUGCUUCCAAUUUUGAUCUUCAACUUGGCCUGCUAGUUUAUUCAGUUUUAUCAUGUGAAUCUGUACAGGUAAAUGGUAAGCUUCUCUCAAAAGAACAAACAGAGAAACUAGUUAAGAAACACCAUAAAUGAGGACAGCUGAGUAGGUCAGCUGUGACUUGAACACAGGGCAAAUGAGGAUGGAUUCUCCAGAGAUGGGCAGAAUCUAGAGCAAGGCCAACAGCGACCACUGAUCAGAACUGAAACCUGAGAGCUGCCUGCACAUUUCAGAUUACAUAGCUAGAUCUAUAUUGGCUUGUGAAUCAAGCUGCCAUUGGAAUAAAAGAGAUGUCUUCUUCCAAAUCCUAUCUGCCAGCCUCUCCCAACUGGGAGAGGAAUAUAUUCCCCAAACGUGAUAUUGCUCAUACUUUGAACCAGCCCAAAGCCAUGCCAGCUAGCAAGUCCGUAGUACCCCUAAUAUUUCUGGAAGGCACCUGCUUAAGGACUGAUGGUUACCUGCACCAAGAAGCCAGUGUAAAUUCUGGCAAAGUGUUUGCAAGAAACAUUCCUGAUCUCUCAGUAAAUGAUUACCCAAACCAACCAUUUCAUCCAUUAUGAAACUUGCAGAUAACUGUCACCCUCCAGAUGUCUUGCAGAUGUUGCAUACCCAUCAGCCUCAGCCAGUAUGGCAAAGAGUUGGCUAAAACAGGAAGGCCACAGCUUUUCCAUCCUCUGGUAUUGUUAGGAACGUAUGUCAUCUUUAAAUGUGGUCUGUUAUUUCAGUGCUGCAUUGAUUUAAGACUGCACAUUAUUUGCUGGAGUGAGAUGUAAAUUAGGCUACAAUUGUAUAUGCUCUAGUAAUUUUGCACACAGUGGGCUUACUUCUGAGUAAGGUUUUGGUAAGUUAUCAAUGAAUUAAACUUAGCCUUAUCUUUUGAGUUAACUGGUCCCCUGGCCUUUAUUCUUGCUUCAAAAAUUGUAUGUGCGUGGUAUGUGUGCAUGUAUGCACACUUGCAUUAGCAUGUGUGUUGUUUGAGAAAAAGCAAGAAUGAGCUUUUGGUAUUUUUGAUUUAUUUGGAAAAAUGUUCCACCUUUUUUUCCUCUCUCAAGUGAUCAACCGUUGUAUUUCUGGCAGCCUUGUAGGAGAGCUCUGUUCACAAGAGUUUAACAAACAAGAUCAAAUUAAAUGUACGUCAUGACAUGAAUUGUGUUCUGUAUGUUUUUCAGCCCAAAUCUUUCUGUUAUUCUU